UACCUCUUAUCAAGAAUCAUUUCUCCUUGACACUGGUGGGCUCUCAGACUACAAACCCACUAUUAAGGAGUAUUGCAGUGGCCAUGAAACAGCCCAGUAGGAAGAGGAAGCUUAGCAUGGAUUCCAAAGAGCAUGUGGCCCAGGAAGGAUGCUUGGAGCAAGCAGAAGAAGAGAAGAAGCCCAAGGACAGCAUGGCCCUCUUGAGUCAUGCACCUUCUACAGCAACACAGGAAGCGUGGUCCUGGGAGCAGUACCUAAAAGAACAAAAAGCCACAGCUGCACCUGUGGAGCUGUUUUCCAAGGAUCAAUCCUUUCCGGAGCAUGAAAAUGGUUUUCAGAUUGGGAUGAGAUUAGAAGGCAUUGAUCCUCGACAUCCAUCUGUAUUCUGUGUGCUUUCUGUAGCUGAGGUGUGUGGUUACCGGCUGAGACUUCAUUUUGAUGGUUAUUUAAGCUGCUAUGAUUUCUGGAUCAAUGCUGGUUCCCCUGAUAUUCAUCCAGUAGGAUGGUGUGGAAGGACCAAACAUGAACUACACAUCCCUAAGGGUUAUAGAAAAGAUAAAUUUGUUUGGAUGGAUUACUUGAAGGCCUGCAAAUUACAAAAUGCUCCUAAGAAAUUAUUCAGAAACAGAAGUUCUAAUGGGCCAAUGCCUAAGGAUUUUCAGGUGGGAAUGAAGCUGGAGGCUGUGGAUAGGAAGAACCCUUCCUUGGUUUGUGUGGCAACCAUAGCAGACAUUGUGGAUGAUCGCCUGCGAGUGCACUUCGACAAUCGCGAUGAGAGUUAUGAUUACUGGUGUGAUGUUAAUAGUCCUUAUGUCCAGCCAGUUGGUUGGUGUCAGGAGAAUGGAAGACCUCUGAUAGCCCCUCCAGGAUAUACUGAUCCAGAAAGCUUUUCCUGGACAGACUAUCUGGAAGCUACUCAAACUAAUGCAGUUCCUGCCAAAGUUUUAAAAAUGAGGGGCCCUCAUGGUUUUCUGCCAGACAUGAAACUUGAAGUUGUGGAUAAACGAAACCCACGCUUAAUUCGUGUUGCAACAAUUAUAGAUGUUGAUGACCAAAGAGUAAAGGUUCAUUUUGAUGGUUGGGACCAUAAGUAUGACUAUUGGAUGGGUGUAGACAGCCCUGACCUUCACCCCAUUGGAUGGUGUGAUGUAACAGGACAUCCACUGGAAGUACCACUUUGGGCAAAUGAUGUGAAAGUCCUUCCAGGUCAAGCUGUUUGUCCUACUCCUGGGUGCCGAGGAAUAGGCCAUAUCCGAGGUCCACGUUAUGCAGGACAUCACAGUGCUUUUGGCUGCCCUUAUUCGGACAUGAACUUGAAGAAGGAGGUCACAAGUCCUGGUGGUCUAAAAGAACAAACUCAAGCACCUCUGGAAGCAGAUGCUUCCCACUCAACACUGAAAAAUCUUUCUGGUCUGAACUUCAAUGGGAAACAUGCAAAGGUGAACAGUCAGCCCCGGCUUGUACAGCAGGCAAAGUGUUUGAAAAUCAAAGGAAAAGAAGAUGUUGACUUGGAGAAUCUUUUCAGAGAAUAUUCAGUUGAGCAGACACAGCAGCCUCUUCACCAGUCCAUCUUCAUGUCUACCCAUCCGUUCCGUGAUAUUUCCCUUGGCAGAGAGCAGCACUGCAAGCUUCUUCCAGGUGUGGCUGGCAUUCAGGCCAGCCAAGUGGCCCGAUGGACAGUGGAUGAGGUGGCUGAGUUUGUACAGUCCCUCCUGGGCUGCGAAGAACAGGCCAAGUGCUUCGAGAAAGAGCAGAUCGAUGGCAAAGCCUUCUUGCUUCUGACACAGACAGACAUUGUCAAAGUGAUGAAGAUCAAGCUGGGCCCUGCGCUGAAGAUCUACAAUUCCAUCCUGAUGUUCAAAGCCUCCCAGGACCUUACUGAAGAUGCUGCCUCAAGCCAAGAAGCAAGGGGGUGAACGUGCUCCCGAACUUGAACUUUCUCUGGCACCAGAUCCUGGACUCCUUCAGCAAAAACAGGGGCACCCAUUCAUUUGAAUUUCAUGGCCCCAUGGUCACAUCCACAAUUUAUCUGGACCCUUUAGAAAGUCCUUGUGGCUUGUGUGUAUGGAGGAUUUUGUGUGCAGAGUGUGGACUUGCAAUGUGGUUGUCUUUGGAGGGCUCCUUUCUGCUGUGAUGUGUUGCAACGCAGAACAAAGAAGCCCACAUGUAGCUCUAUGUUCUUCUCACACCAUAAAAGAAGCCAUUUUCCAUUCCACAGCCCUUUGUCUCCCUGGUAAUAAGAUACCCAAAAAGGUGCGCACAUCAACUCACGGCUGCUGUGUUUAUCAGAGCUGCUGCUAAGCAGGGACUACAUUUGUCAUCUGAGGACACUGUGUCCAGGAGAUGGAAGCCUGGUGCCUUUUAAAAGACUCUUGUGAAAUUUCUACCUGCUUUACUCAGGAAAGUGACCUUUUUAAAAAAUAAUAAUAAUAAUAAGCACACUCAUUCAGGUU